UUGGAGCGACAAUGUCUUGACCUUCAUAGCGAACACAAGGUGAGUCGACUGGAGAAUGUUAAGCUCAAAAUGACCAACGAGGAGCUGUCUUGUGAACUUGAGCACACCUGCCAGGAGCUAGUAUUGGCUCAGGAGCAGCUGGGCAUUCUGCAGGAGCAGGCCUCUCGACUACAGCAGGAAAGAGAGAUGGAGAUGUACAGAAUCACAGAAGGCUUGCAGAGAGAAAAACAGAGCUUGAUGAAACAGUUGGAUCUACUCAGAGAAAUGAAUAAACAUCUACGAGAUGAGCGAGACAUUAACUUUCUGGUAAGUUUACCAAUUUUAAAUUAUUUAUGA